UGUGGUCGGAUGUCGAAGCUUCCGUCAUCGGAGUGUCUCCGUGUGUAACGGAUAAUGCGUGAUAACAAUAAUAAGAAGUUUAUUAUAUCGUUGAAUAAUGUUUGCGUGAGACAAUUCUAUCUAACCGAUUAAUAUAGUUCCCGAAGGGCUCGUAUUUUCGUCGCGGACCACUGUCCGUCCGUGUAACCUUGAUUUUCUCGCGCACGCACAUCUGGUGAUUUCUGUUGUCACGCACGCGCGUAUAAUACUUAUAUACGCGAUAAUACUUAUCUAUAGUGGCGCGCAGUUGGUUUCUGCUGCCGUGACGGUUUUUAGCUUUUUGUCGUACGUGCCCGACGUGUGUGGUUGUUGUUCCGCGGUAAUCAACUGCCGCCAUUCGUAUCGUCUGUUCGUGUACGUUAAACGUGCGUAUUGCACGUAGAAUAAGCACAUAAAUAUUGUCGACGCUAACCAUCCGGCGACCGCGAACAUUUUUCAAAAUGUGGCUAAAAAUUAAAGUGCUAUUAUGGAAAAGCUUACAGUUAAGAAAAAGACAUUGGUUUAGUACUAUUAUAGAAAUUAUAGUACCUUGUUUAUUAUUCAUUUUUAUUGACUAUUUAAGAAGACAGUUAUCUGGUCAUAUGUCACAAGAAUCAAUAGUUAUAAAUCAAACUAUACCAACACCUAUUAAUGAAGAAGAAUUAUACUUGAGAUUCCGUACAAAACAUUCUAUGUUGUACUUUAUUUAUACUCCUCCAACAAUUGAGACCAAAGAAAUUAUGAAGACUGUUGCAAAAAAUUUAGAUAUUGAUUUUACUUCUAUUGAAACUGCUAAUAAUGAAGGUGAAUUAAUGAAUAAAUUUAAACAAAAAUUCAACUCAAGUGGAUAUGUAGAUGGAUAUGGAAUUGUUUUUGAAGAAACAACAAAAUCAAGUGUUUUUAAAUACAAAAUAAGAAAUACAAAAAAAUAUUGGAUAACUGAUCAAUUGUUUCCAACUUUUGAAGUUCCAGGGCCUAUGGACUAUGGUCAAAUAUAUUUUACUUCAGGAUUCUUAGCAUUACAGUUAGCUUUAGAUAAAGCCUUUAUUACAUUCAGCACUUCUAGUGAUUUUGAUUAUUAUAAUUUUGAAAUUCAAUCUUACCCUUAUGCAAAAUACAUAAUGGAUUCAACAUUUUUACAACUAUUUCAAAUAUUCUUUCCGUUAUUUACAGUCUUAAGUUUCUUGCUAAUGUGUUCAAAUACAAUUAAAAGAGUUGUUGAAGAAAAAGAUUCUGGUGUAAAAGAAUUGAUGAAAAUGAUGGGCCUUAAAUCCUGGAUGAUAUGGACUGGAUGGAUAUUGCACAACUUUUUUGUAUAUGCUAUAUCAAUCACAAUUAUUACUUAUGUUAGUUGUUUUGAAUUAUAUGCUGGUAAAGGAAAAUUGCUAAAUUAUACUAAUCCAUUGCUGUUGUGGAUAUUUCUUGUUAUGUAUAUGAUUACUGGAAUAUUUUUUAGUUUUGCUGUUAGUAGUUUAUUUAAUCGACCAUUAAUUGCUUUAAUUGCUGGUAGCAUGGCAUGGUGUCUUUCUUACAGUAUACCAGCUAAUUUUUUAAAACCAACUACGAGUACUCUAAUUCAAAUGGUUUUUAUGUUACUUCCGAAUGUUGCUGUUACAAAUACUUUUUCCACUAUAUCAUCACUUGAAUCACAAGGAAUAGGCCUUGGAUUUUCCACUUUAUUUAUUUCUGGAAAAGGAAAAAAUAGUUUUUCUGUUGGUUUCAUUUUGUUCAUGUUUAUUGUUGAUUGUUUUUUGUACGGAUUUAUUGCUUGGUACCUAGACUCAGUUAUGCCAGGAAAAUAUGGCAUUGCAAAACCAUUAAAUUUUUUGUUUAAAUGGUCCAACAAAAAGACUGAUGUUAAUGUUAUGGAACACAUAAGUAAAAGCACUAGUAGGCUUUUUGAAAAGCCAUCUAACAAAUAUGAAGUUGGAAUUAGUAUACAAAAUUUACAUAAACGUUAUGGAAAUUUUUACGCUGUAAAUGGAGUUAAUAUGGACUUGUAUAAAGGACAAAUCACUGCUCUUUUGGGUCAUAAUGGUGCUGGAAAAACAACUACAAUGUCAAUUAUUACUGGUUUAUUUUCUCCUACAUCUGGUAGUGUUACAGUUAAUGGAAAGGAUUUAUUUAGUAAUAUUGAUGAUUUUAGAGAAAAUCUUGGAUUAUGCCCUCAACACAAUUUACUUUUCAAUUAUUUAACAACACUAGAUCAUUUAAUAUUUUUUGGAAUGCUUAAAGGAAUGCCUUUGUCUAAAGCUAAACUAGAAGGUUUAAAAUUACUGAAGAUUUUAAAUAUAUUACAGAAGAAAAAUGAACUAGUGAGUAGCCUUUCUGGAGGUAUGAAAAGAAAGUUAUCAUUGGCGAUUGCAUUAGUUGGCAGUCCUGAAAUACUAAUUUUAGAUGAACCUACAUCAGGAAUGGAUCCAGAAUCUCGAAGAGAAAUGUGGGAUUUACUCUUGUCAUUUAGAGGAUCAAGAACUAUUUUGAUUACUACACAUUUUAUGGAAGAAGCUGAUGUCCUUGGUGAUAGAAUCGCUAUUAUGGACCAUGGAAAAGUUAAAUGUUAUGGCACAUCUUUGUUUUUAAAAAAAGCAUAUGGAACUGGUUAUAAUUUGACUAUUGUAAAAGAUGCAGAAUGUGCAGAACAUAACAUUUUUGCAGCAAUUAAAGAAAUUAUACCUGAAGCGGAAAUUCAAAGUUCAUUGACAGCUCAGUUAGUAAUUAAUUUACCCAAUGAAAAUGCUGAUCAGUUUCCAGAAUUAUUUAGAAUGCUAGAAACAAAUAGAAAGGCAUUUUGUAUAAAAGGAAUGGGUGUAUCCUGUACAACAAUGGAAGAAGUUUUUUUGAAAGCUGAAAAAAAUAUUCUAGAUGAUGAUGAUGGUGAAUUAUCAUCGCCCAAUACACCAUUAGAUGCUAGUAGUUGUCAGUUGAUUAUAACUAAAGAAGUUGAUUGCAAUGUAGACCUAGUAACUAAUUUAGUACAUCAAUAUGUACCUGAAUCUACAUUGAUGGCCAAUUUAGAAACUCAAAUUGUAUAUAACUUACCAGCUAAACAAAGAAAUCAAUUUGGAUCCUUAUUUUCUGCUCUUGAAUUCCAAAAACAAAAUUUCAAAUUAAUAAGUGUCAAAAUAACUAAUCCAACUACAGGUGAUAUUUAUCCAAAUUCUACAAAUUUAGAUGAUGGAGAUGAACCCAAAGAGCCAUCUUAUAAUGAAGUCACACAAACAUUAAUGCCAAAAUAUACUAGUGGAAUAACCUUAUUAAAAAAUCAAGUUAAAGUUUUGUUAAAAAAAAAAAUUUUAUAUUCUUGUAGAAGAUGGCUUCUGACACUAGUUUUUGGAAUUGGACCUAUUUUGUUGGGUAUAUUGGUAAUAAGAUCUACUUAUUCAUUAUUCAAAGUAUCUAGUGGUCCUCUAGGGUUGAAUUUAUCCUUAAGUUCCUAUAUGAAUACUGAUGUAUAUUACCGUGCUGGUGACCAAUCUUCUAAAAAUUUAGAAUCAAAAUUUGUAACUAUUUCAAAGAAAAAUAAAGCUAAUGUAAUUGAAGCACCAUCAACAAAUAAUAUUAUCUAUGAUUUAUUAAAAAUGUGUUCUGAAGAUGUAGUCAAGUAUAGAACAAAUCUUUUAAUUGCUGGCGACUUUAAUGAAACAAAUUCUACUGUUAUAUACAAUAAUAUAGCUAUUCACUCACCAGGUAUUGCUGUAAAUCUUUAUUCAAAUGCUUUAUUACAAGAAUUAUCUGGUAACUCUGAAUCAUAUAUUGCAACUAUUAAUGAACCAAUUGAAAUUCAGGAGCAUGAGAAUGUUUGUGAUGAAGAAUUUGGAACACAAAUAGUAAUUGUUUGGCUUACCAUUUUUAUCCCGGGUUUGCUGUAUUUAAUUGGUUACUUUAUGGCAUUACCUUUAAAUGAAAGACUAUCUGGAAUUAAACAUUUGCAAAUGAUGACUAAGCUUUCUCCAAUUGUGUAUUGGGCUGCUUGUUUCAUUUGGGACUAUUUUUGUUUUAUAGUUGUUGUGAUACUUACUAUAAUAGCUAUGUUUUUCUUUGAUUAUGAUCACAUAUUCACAGGCCCAAACGAACUUGGUGCUCUUAUAACUAUAAUGCUAUUAUACGGAUGGAGUGCCAUAUUCUAUGCAUAUGUGUAUAGUUUUUUCAAAAAAUCUUUGGUCAGCUCUAUGUUAUUAUUCGUAGCAAUCAAUUUUAUAUUAGGGAUGUUUUUAAAUAGUGCAAUGUUUCUUGUCAAAGACAUCAUAAGAGAAAAGAAUCAAAUAAAUCCCUAUAAUGCUUGGAAUAUAUUUAGGAUUAUAACUUUAAUUAUUCCUCAUUUCUCAUAUUCAGCAUGUAUAUCAGGAUUUGUUGAUAUAUCAUGGGAAAAUAACAGGUGUAAAAUUUGUAAAUCGCCCAAUAUGAUAGAAGCAUGUAGUAGUAUUAUAGAUUCUACACCAAAAAAAUAUUUUGUAUUCAAAUCUAACGAAAAUCCAUCUGGCAUUCUGGAAGAAACAUUAUUCUUAGUUUUUAGCAGUUUAAUUUAUAUAGUCAUAAUACUAUUAUUUGAUUAUAAAGUUUUUGCGCGCAUAUACCAGUUGGGCUUUAAUAAAAUUAUUGGCUCUGGUAUUGGUUACAAAGACGAAAAUGAAGAUCCAGAUAUUGGAGGUGAAAGAGAUAAAGUGGAUGCUGCUAAAUCUCAUUCAAAUACUGCUUCGCAGUCACCACUUUUACUUGUUGAUAACUUGGUUAAGAAGUUUAGUUUUAAAUUUACUGGUGUUCGUGGUAUAAGUUUUACUGUUUCACCUGGUGAAUGUUUUGGAUUACUGGGUGUAAAUGGUGCUGGAAAAACUACUACUUUUCGAAUUUUAACUGGAGAUAUAUUUCCUUCCAAAGGCAAUGCUUCUAUUCAAACAGAUAAAAUAUACGAACUUAACUCAAAUGUGAAUGAGUACAUGUCAAUGAUUGGUUACUGUCCUCAAUUUGAUGCGAUUAAUGAUCAACUUACUGGAAAAGAAUCUUUGGAAUUAAUGGCUAUUUUAAGAGGAAUAUCACCAUUAAAGACAAAAAAACAUGUUGAUAAAUGGAUUAAACGUUUGGGGCUUGAAGAGUUUAAAGAUAGAAUUUGUGGAAAAUACAGUGGAGGUAAUAAGAGAAAAUUAAACACAGCUAUGGCACUGAUAGGAGAUCCUCCAGUUGUAUUUUUGGAUGAACCAACUAGUGGAGUAGACCCUGUUGCUAGGCGUAAUUUAUGGCAAUUAUUAGCUGCUAGUCAAAGAGGUGGACAGGCAGUUAUACUUACAUCUCAUAGUAUGGAUGAAUGUGAAGCACUUUGCAAUCGCUUAACUAUUAUGGUUGAUGGUGUUAUGAAAUGUAUUGGUAAUAUACAGUAUUUAAAAAAUCGAUAUGGACAAGGUUUUACAGUAAUGAUAAAACUGCAAACUAGUGAAGAUUUAAAUGUAGGUGAAUUGAAAGCUGAUAUAGAACGUCAAUUUGCUCCUGACAUAAUUUUGAAAGAUGAACAUAAAGGAUUGUUGCAUUAUCACAUAACCAAUCCACAGAUACCAUUGUCAGAAAUAUUUGGUCAGAUGAAAGCUAUAAAAGAAAAUUACCAAGCAGUAGAAGACUACACUGUUAGUGACACAACACUCGAACAAGUAUUUAUAGCAUUUGCAAAAAAACAAGCAGUUAUAAAUACAAUUACAUAAGAAUUUCGGUUUUAAUUAUUCUCAUAUAAUAUAUAACUUAUUUGAUUAAUUUAUGUGAUAUUCUAAUAU